AUGAAGUUGACGAACGGAGAGGUGAGUGCGUUUCUGGCUCGCACUAUUCUUCUUCACCAACUAUGCAAGUGUGGUUGCGCUGCUGCUUUGCUUCGAGUGAUUGGCGCUCGUGUACAUGUUUACUAUGCUUAUCGCUUAGCGUCCGAUCUCAGCAGCUGUCCCCUCAUUACUUCCCUUACUUUAUUGCUGCAGCUAGCCAAUGCAGAGCGACGUCUGGAAGCUGAGCUUCAUGCUCUCUCGGAGCGGCUGAAGGCACUCCAGCAGCAGCACGAGCUACGACAACAGCAACAGGAACGGCGUGCAAAUGAGCUUCAAAAACAGCUGGCAGAACAGGUAUCAAAGGCUGCAGAAGAGCUGCGGGCCCAGCAACAGAAGCUCCAUCUACAAGAAGAAGUGAACGACUUGUCGUAUCUUCGAGGGCCGCAGCAGCAGGAGUACGAGCAGGGGCUAAGACAGGAGCUUAAUGAAUUGAGGGAACAGCGAAAGGCAGUGGAUAGGACCAGCGUGGAAUGCUUCCAGUCACUUAAGGAGGAACAACAGGAACAGCGGGUCCAGCAACAAGAGGUGUUGAAAGGACAGCAGGCCCUGGCUGCACAGCUGAAUCAGAUACAGCUGCAGCAGCAGCGGCUAGAGAUGGUCCAGGAGCAGCGUCAGCAGCUGCAAGAGCAGCGCCAGCAUCAUGAUGAUAAAGUGAAAUGGAGGCUUGAGGACGAGUUAAAUCGGUUGCGGAGGAGUGUGAACCCCGAAAACCGACGAAACCUCACCUUUUCAAAAGUUGGUGUUCGAUAUCCUGCAAAAAAGUCCACAACUCCCAUGAUGGCACGAGCUCUUAAGGGGCAGCAGCACGAGAAAGAUCUCGUGAGUGAGACUAGUGGGGCUGGUGCUGUCCCACUCGCUCGAGGAGUGGUCAAGCCAUCUGUCCAAGGGAUCCAUAGGGGCAGCACAGGUGACUACCUUCUGGGGCGAACAUGCGAGGCAACUAGGGUACCCGCCAACACCCUGCCUCUUCUCUGCUUGUUCCGAACAACACGGCAUCAAACUAUUAGAGCUGGUACAAUAGACAUGGGGGGCCCUAGGGAAGAGUCUUCUGUUGCUGCUGUGGUUGCUGUUGACGCAGCGGCAUCUUAUGCAGAAAAAAUGCGCAAAGAUAUUGUGAGGAAGGCUAUACAGGGGGCUAGCAGCAGGAGGGUGAGCACGUCUGUGAACCAGGGCCCGUCACCCCCUUUUGCAGCCUUGAGGCACGACAGCGCUUCGCCUACAAGAACAGCAGCCUCAGGGGUGGCGCGUGGAACUUUACAGCAGAUGAUGCAGCACCAAGGUCACCCCCAAAGUGGAAGGCUCCUUUCGUCUCUUUCGUGCCUGCAGCAGGCACACGAAGCGAAGCCAGCAAGUGUCUGGGGAGCUGACGCUCUUCGUGCGGCUACUGUAGAGGCUCUCAUGUUGAAAGCAAGGCUGCAAGUUGCCACUGCUGAACUUGAGGUGCUCCGUUUGAAGGAAAAAAGAGCAGAAAAGAGAGACGCUGGGGCUUCCUCUAUGGUAGACGGGCAGAGCAUUGUUCAGUGCCAUACAACACACAGCAAAGAGCGCCGGUGGGCCGCUCCACAGGACUUCGAUCAACACAGUAGGCCUCAAACAAAGACAGGCAAAGAGUGA